AUGAGUGAGCUGGGCCCGCCGAAGGCCGGCGACGGCUCCGUCUCCCGCCUGCUCACCGUGGUGGAGAGCGAGCUGCAGGCCGGCAGGGAGAAAGGCGACCCCACGGAGAAGCAGCUUCAGAUCAUCCUGGAGGACGCCCCUCUCUGGCAGAGGUUCAAGGAGUUCACCAAUGAGAUGAUCGUGACCAAGAACGGCAGACGGAUGUUCCCUGUCCUAAAGAUUAGCGUCACGGGGCUGGACCCCAACGCCAUGUACUCCCUCCUGCUGGACUUCGUCCCGACGGACAGUCACCGCUGGAAGUAUGUCAACGGGGAGUGGGUGCCCGCGGGCAAGCCAGAGGCCUCCAGCCACAGCUGCGUCUACAUCCACCCGGACUCCCCCAACUUCGGGGCCCACUGGAUGAAGGCGCCCAUCUCCUUCAGCAAAGUCAAGCUCACCAACAAGCUCAGCGGUGGCGGGCAGAUAAUGCUGAAUUCUCUGCACAAAUACGAGCCCCAGGUUCACAUCGUACGCGUGGGGGGCGCCCACCGCAUGGUCAUGAACCGCUCCUUCCCUGAGACCCAGUUCAUAGCCGUGACAGCCUAUCAGAACGAGGAGAUAACAGCUCUCAAAAUCAAGUACAACCCCUUUGCCAAAGCCUUCCUGGAUGCCAAGGAAAGGAACCACCUAAAAGACGUUCCGGAAGCGAUCUCCGAGAGCCAGCACGUGGCCUGCUCCCACUUGGGAGGCUGGAUCUUCUCCAGUCCGGACGGCGGGUGCCCAGCAGGAAAUGCCAGUCACCAGUGCGCAACGCCCCUGCCUCUGCCUACGCCCCACACCCACCACGGCUGUGAGCGCUGCCCCGGCCUCCGCGGACACCGGCAGGCCCCCUACCCGCCCGCCUACGUGCACAGGGGCCACGCGCCCUCAGUGAAUUUGAUAGAGAGCCCCGGCAACAAUCUGCAAGUUUUCUCCGGAGCCGACAGCUGGACGUCCAUACCCUCUGCCCCCCACGCCAGCAUCCUGUCUGUGCCUCACUCCAGCGGCGCCAUCAACCCAGGGCCCGGCCCCUACCCGUGCCUGUGGACCAUCAGCAACAGCGGCGGGGGCCCUGCCGGCUCGGGCCCGGAGGUGCAUGCCGGGUCCCCGGGAGCCUUUCUCCUGGGUAACCCCACUGUGACCGCGCCACUGUCCACCCAGGCGCCCGCUGCGGCGGGCAUGGAGGUUCUGGGGGAGCCCUCGCUGACCAGCAUCGCCGUGUCCACCUGGACGGCGGUGGCCUCGCAUCCAUUCUCGGGCUGGGGGAGUGCGGGUGGGGGUGGGCGCCACUCUCCCUCCUCACUGGAUAGUUAG